AUGGGCUUUCAACCAGAGCUACAAGGUAAGUUGAAGACGAUAGCGAGUAAUAGCCGUCAAUCUAGCGUCGAUAGCUACUUUCGAAGCGUCGUGAUCAUUCCAAACCCUCAAGAGCCGGUUGUCUGCCUUACGCUCACGGAUAACGAUGUAGAAGGAUCGCCUACAGAGACGCUAUCGACGACGACACGCAGCAAGGACACCUCAGCUCUAACCUCGCGGCAACACCAAGCCUACCGGUCAGCACUCUCAUCGCCGCUCUCUGGCACAGAGCCCUUUGCAGAAGAAGAAGACGUACGUGUAGUCCGAAGAGUUGGAGACCAAGAGGACGAAGAAGAGGACAAAGCCUUCCAAAGGGAGCUACAAGCUGCCCUCCUGGCCUCUCGGAACGAUGCACGGACAUUUCUCGACUGCCUCUACCCGCCCGGAAAUGCGGUGGCUGGUCCUUCUGGUUGCCCUCGUGAGCAGUCAUACACGCCUCCUGCCGCCCUGCUUGGCCCCGCCGCCUCCGACGCGUCCCCUGCCGUCAUCGGUCCAUCGUCCUCUUCAUCUGCUCUCGUCACCGGCGUCCCCUCAACUUCAUCAACUCCCACCUUUCCCAGCGCGGCUCCAUCGACAUCGCCCUUGACUCUCGGUGGUGCUCCUGCUGCUGCUGCCUCGCCACGACAAGCUACCCCUGUAACUCCCCACGCAAGACAAGGUGCGCCUGCCGCUCCUGUCUACGGCUCAGCUGGCUGUCAGCGAGCCCGGAGACUGGAGCAAUACCACCAGAGGGCUGAGGAGGCUCACGCAAUCAAGGCAGAAGGCAGACAGGCACUUCGGACCGACCACGGUCUGCCUGCUUCAGCAGCAAUCCUCCCCGUCACCGACGGUGCCUCCUUGUGCCGAGUGAUUGAGGAAGAAUGGGCGGAGCAGGCCCUUCCACCUCUGGCCAACCCAAGACACCUCAUCGAUUGCUACCCACUCCUCUUCAGGACUCUCGCUCGAGGCGGCGCGCUCGGACCCCUCAUCCAGCGAGGCAUCUUCGUCCAAUCGACGUGGGAUACCUCCGAGGAAGGCAAAGCCGUGGCACGUCAGCGCAAGCCAAUGGCCACCAACACCUCCGGCCACCACGUCAAUUCCUUCUACGUAAGGGAAUGGGUGCCACCUGCCGGCGUCGACGUUGCUGACACCAUGGCAACAUUCGGGCAAGAUUUCCCUCUCCAACGGGACUAUGUGCAGAGCACUCAAGCGCACUCUCAAAUUGUCCGCUACGUCGGCCUCUGCGUUGAUGGGGAGCCAAUGAGGCGAGUCGCAGAGGACGGUAGCGCGACUAGCGUUCACCAAACUCGCCUCGUCGAGUUCAUGACAACACGAGCUCCCACUGAGCAGUGGAGGACAUUCGAGAUCCCCAUGCUCGCGAUGGAAGUGCCUUUGAGCACGAUGCCGCUCUCCGACCUCUUGGGCAAGUUCCCCGAAUUGACCCGCGACACCGCCCCGCUCGCUCUGAGGAUCACUCGAGCAAUGAUUCUCAAGACGAACAAUGGCCUAGCAGCAGCCAUCGAGUCAGCUCUCAUCCACGGCUGUCAUCGUGGCUCGAUCUGCAUCAACUCGGCAUCAUACGGGGGUCUGGACACUCUCCCGCCCCUCCGCAUCCCUCCUCAACUCCACGACCUCCGAGCUCAGGUGCAGAGGGCUUGCGGCGAUGUCCCCUUUGCUCCGACUUCCCACUCUCGUGUUGACCCUAUUCUAUUCGGUCAGAUGCACGGCUUCUAUACCUCUGCCUCAAAUGCAACCCAGAGCACGGCCUCUCCUCAGAUCCUGGCCUCCAACGCACUAUACGCUGCCAUUCCAAGCCGCUGGCUUCACGUGUUGAAGGAUGUCACGCUGGAGGACCUCAACGGAGAGGCGACCAGAUUCGGCAACUUCGCUGGCCCUGGAUUGUCAUCAUUCCGCAAUGCAUUGAGCUGGGCCCUUGGAGACCCUGUCUCUGCGAGUGGAACUGCUCGAGCCCGAGAGGACCUCGCACACCUGAAGACCAUCGGAGCAAGUGUUGACCUCUGGCCGAUGAGCAGGCAGCAAAGGGCGCGAGACGUAACAGCCUACGCCAAUCUCAUCGUCGACGUGCUCUCUACUCGAAGGCGUGCAGGUCUGCUCAACUUCGUCGCCAUCCACUCGGCGCAGAUGUUCCAGCUGCUGGUACAAGAAGAAGGUCUUGCUGAUGGAUCUCCUUUACGCCAGACUGCUCCGAGUCGUGUGACAUCCACACGCAACUACUUGGAGUUCGCUGGCACGCUGCAUAUCGUGCAUGUCGCAGGGUUCGCGGUCCCUGCCAUCGCUUUCUUCCACUUCGGCUUCAUCAAGUACGAUGGAGACGCCGUCUUCAAAGCGGACGCCAGUGAACUCUCGGCUGCGGACGUCAUUGCUCGCACCAAGACGAUGGCAAGGCAGAUCGGGCUCGAACAACACGCGCAAGCUGCUCCAGAGGCAUUCGAGGCCAAAGAGGCCUGUUACCAGCGGCGAGGUACAGGACUUGUCAAGGCACGGAGCCGCAAGAAUGCUCUGUAUGCAGAGGCGGACCGCGAGGCUCAAAUCGACACUUUGCUCGCCGCCAGCGCUGCCGCCGCAGGCAUCACCACUGACAUCAACGCAGUCAGUGCAGCAGUCCUGCUCGCAAGCCUGCCCGUCCCCGCCCACAUCACGGACAUCAGCGCGCAAGGUUCGAUCGAGGCAUGGAAGAUCUGGAUGAGGAAGAGGAGGACGGGGAGCAACGUCACGCAGGCCGCAUAUGCCACCCGGUCUGUAAAGGGUGAGCAGAAGCGGCCUAACCGCCACAAGCGUGACCUUGUGACGCCGAGGAUUCGGAAGUUGGAGAGGGGCCCGAACAAGUUCUGGGGGCAGAUCACUGUGCAGAAGGCGAGGGAUACCGUGGCCUCGGGGCGGCUCACGCGCUUCGGUUACAAUGAGCCGACGACGCUCUACCGUUGCCGUCGCUGCUCAUACACCGGCAUUGUCAAUGCCCACAUUCCCUCCUUUCUGCACCUCUGCUCGGAAGGCGAGGUCAUCGAGGACGCCCAUGAUGAGCGCUUCAGGAAGCGCCGAGUGGAGUCCGCGGACCAUGUAGACAGACUUGUAGCGGAGUACGGUUUGCAGUAG